CGACGACGACGACAAGCCGUCCGACAGCGGCCCCGAUGCGGGUCGCGCGCGCUCGUCUCAGGGCAAAUGAUGACUUCGAUGCUGCCCAGCUUUAACCCGCCUAUCGUCAAGCGGCUGCUGGGCUGGAAGAAGGCCGAGAGCGAGGACAAAUGGAGCGAGAAGGCCGUUAAGAGUCUGGUCAAGAAGCUCAAGAAGUCGGCGGGCCUCGACGAGCUCGAGAAGGCCAUCACGACGCAGAGCUGCAACACCAAGUGCAUCACUAUACCAAGGCCUAGCCCGGGCGGUGUCGGCGACAACGGCGUUCAGGGUGUUCGCGGCAAGGGUCUGCCGCACGUGAUUUACUGCCGACUCUGGCGCUGGCCGGACCUGCAGUCGCACCACGAGCUGAGGGCGAUCGAGCACUGCGAGUACGCCUUCACCCAGAAGCGCGACGAGGUCUGCGUGAACCCUUACCAUUAUCAACGAAUACAAACGCCAGUUUUGCCGGCCAUUCUCGUGCCGCGGCACAACCUAGCCAGCGACGAGAACACCGUCCUCUACAACACCUCCCUCGAGGAGCUGAGCGUCAGCGUGCCGGAGAACACGAGCUUCCACGCGACGCUGAACCACCAGCACAAUCAGCAGCAGGGCAUACCGCAGUCCCCGCAGCAGCAGCAGCAGCAACAGCAGCAGCAACCAAAUAAUCCGUACCAAGGAAUGCAGAGCAUGCAAGCAACGAGUCCGGCGAGUGUCGGGAGCCUGGGAAGCGUGCAGGGCUCGCCUCAUCCCGCCCCAGGAUCCAUGGAUCCGCCAGCAGACACGCCACCGCCGGGCUACAUCAGCGAGGACGGCGACAAUAUGGACCACAACGAUAACAUGUCCCUGUCACGCUUGUCGCCCAGCCCUGUGGACGCGCAGCCGGUUAUGUAUUGCGAGCCCGCGUUUUGGUGUUCAAUUAGUUAUUACGAGCUAAACACGAGAGUGGGCGAGACGUUUCACGCGUCGCAGCCGAGUAUAACCGUGGACGGUUUCACCGAUCCAAGCAACUCGGAGCGCUUCUGCCUCGGCUUGCUGUCCAAUGUGAAUCGCAACACGGUGGUGGAGCAGACCAGGCGACACAUCGGCAAGGGCGUCAGGCUGUACUACAUCGGCGGCGAGGUGUUCGCCGAGUGUCUGUCCGACUCGAGUAUCUUCGUGCAGAGUCCGAACUGCAAUCAGCGUUACGGCUGGCAUCCGGCCACCGUUUGCAAAAUACCGCCAGGAUGUAAUCUGAAGAUCUUCAACAACCAGGAAUUCGCGGCGUUGCUGUCGCAAUCGGUGUCGCAGGGCUUCGAAGCGGUGUACCAGCUGACGCGUAUGUGCACGAUCCGGAUGAGCUUCGUGAAGGGCUGGGGCGCGGAAUACCGCCGGCAGACGGUCACCUCGACCCCCUGCUGGAUCGAGCUGCAUUUAAACGGGCCGUUGCAGUGGCUCGACAGAGUACUCACGCAGAUGGGCUCGCCCCGCCUACCCUGUUCCUCGAUGUCCUAAGUCUUUGUAUCCUCCAUUCGUUCGUCCGUGAGAAAAGAACACGUGGGAAUACCCUUCGAUGACCUGUCGUCGUCGUCAUCGUCGUCGUCGUUGUCGUCGUCAACGAUCAAAUCGAUCAAUUGAUCCAUUUCGUUUCUUCGUCGCAUAUGUGAAAGUUGAAUCCGGUGUUCAGAUUUUCCUCGAACGAACGCCGCAUGCAAGAAGAAGACGUACGAUCUUUGCGCUCGAAGAUGUAGUCAGCAGUUGGAAGAAUCAAGGCACGGCGACACCAAGUUUUCUUCGCGCCGCAGCAGUGGCUUUUUCGAAUUGUCGCGCGAUCAACCACGAAGCGAAUUGUGUGAAAGAACGCGGAAUGAAGGACUGCGAAAUUGAAAAACGGCGACUUGCUCGUGCAUAAAUAUCAUAGUAGAUAUAUUAAAGUUUGAUGUCCUACAACGGUUUCGUUUGUGAUCGAAGGGAGGAGACACGGUGGCGCGCAAGGACACGCGAAACACGAGACACGCGGAGCUUCGCCUCGACGCACUUUAUAUCGCGCGCAUGUGCACCGCAAUUGGCGUACAAGAUAUAUCCAGGGUGAUCAUAAUCCGAGUUUAGUCGAUUCGUAAAAUAAGGAACAAAAAGAAAACGAGAGAGAGAAUGAUAUUUAUAUAUAUUAU